AUGAAUACUGGGCAACAUUGUCAGGCUAGCGGCGCAAUGAUGGCACCCGGAGGCUGUCCGGCGUACGCCUCAUGCGGACCUGAAGGACACGCUCGCUACCAACAGCAGGCAGGGCGGGCCUACAUGCAGCAGUACGAGGCGCAGCACCAGGCAGCGGUUCGAGGAUAUGCACCACAGCAGGUACAAUACAGAAGUGCACAUCCUGCGGACGUUGCCGCCGCGAACGCCGCCCAGCAGCAAGCACUGCAGCAGCACCAUGUUGGCGGUCAGCCGCAAGUAUCCCACGAUGGGGCGGCAGCGCAACACAACAACGGCAGCCAACAUGCUGUUUCGGCGCCCCAGCAGGAGAGCCAGCAACAGCGGAAGCAGCACCACUCGGCAAAACCUACUGCGAGCAUGCCUCGACCCCACUCAGACUGGCAGAUUCCAGACCGCUAUGAAAUCCGCCACCUCAUCGGAACCGGAUCUUACGGUCACGUUUGUGAAGCCUACGACAAAGUAGAGAAAAGAGUCGUAGCCAUCAAAAAAAUAUUGCGCGUGUUCGAGGAUCUCAUCGACUGCAAGCGGAUCCUGAGAGAGAUCUCGAUCCUGAACAGGCUCAACCACGACCAUGUCGUGAAGGUUUUGGAUAUCGUCAUUCCGAAAGACGUGGAGAAGUUUGAUGAACUCUACGUUGUUCUCGAAAUUGCAGACUCGGACUUUAAGAAGCUUUUCCGCACCCCCGUGUACCUUACUGAGUUGCACAUCAAAACUCUUCUUUACAAUCUCCUUGUUGGCGUAAAAUAUGUUCACUCCGCGGGAAUUUUGCAUCGUGAUUUGAAACCCGCCAACUGCCUGGUCAAUCAAGACUGUAGCGUCAAGGUGUGUGACUUCGGCCUGGCUAGAACUGUCGAUUAUCCCGAGAGCAACUCUCAGCUGCCCAUUUCUCCGCGAGAAGACGACAUGAACCUUGUCGCCGUUCCGUACACGAAGAACCUCAAGAGGCAGCUUACUGGACACGUCGUGACAAGGUGGUACCGGGCACCGGAGCUCAUCUUGCUGCAGGAGAACUACAGCGAGGCCAUUGAUGUGUGGUCUAUUGGAUGUAUCUUUGCUGAGCUUCUCAAUAUGAUUAAAGAAAAUGUAGCUUACCACGCGGACCGAGGCCCGCUCUUCCCAGGGUCGUCGUGUUUCCCCCUGUCUCCGGACCAGAAGGCCGGCAAUGACUUCAAAUUUCACACGCGGGGCAACCGCGACCAGCUGAACGUUAUCUUCAACAUCCUGGGAACUCCAAGCGAGGAAGACAUCGAGGCGUUGGAGAAAGAGGAUGCCAAACGAUAUAUUCGGAUAUUCCCAAAGAGGGAGGGCACAGACUUAGCUGAGAGGUUCCCCGCUUCUUCUGCGGAUGCCUUGGAUCUUCUGAAGAGAAUGCUGGUGUUCAAUCCAAAUAAGCGUAUCACAAUCAGCGAAUGUCUUUCGCAUCCAUUUUUCAAGGAAGUCCGCAUCGCCGAAGUCGAGACCAAUGCGGUAGAAAAAGUUCGCUUGCCUUUCAACGACUGGAUGAACAUGGACGAGCCUCAGCUACGAUACGCAUUCGUGAAAGAGAUACAACGGUAUCAUCCGGAGAUCCAGUUGCCUCGGCGGUCGCCAAAUCGAGCAAGCUCUUAA